GUCGUUUUGGAAAUAACGGCCGCAGCUGUACAGCAAAUUUACAGAGAAGAGAGAAUAUGCCCAAAGUGAUCCAAUCACAGCAAAAUUCUGGAAACCAUGGAAUAUUCUAUGCAUUGUUCUUCACAAAUAUCCCAAACCCAACUCGGUUUCAUCAAUCUUUACAGCCUUAAUCCAACCCUAUUUAACAACAAUGAUCAUCAAAUCCCUUCAGCCGUCAUCAAUUUCUUCCCCAAGAAUCAACAUUCCUUCUCAGGCUAAUCCGUAGCCGGAAUCCUGCUUUUAGAAAAAAAAAAAAAAUAUGGCUGCUCUGAAGGCCGUUCAUGUCUCCGAUAUCCCGAAUCUCGACCAAGUAACGGAGAACGCUUCCGUUUCCCUUUAUUCCACUCGAUUCCAUAAACCGGCGGAAGUGGGUCGAUCUGUAUUCACGGCCCCGAGGUUUCUGGUGGUCGGACACAGGGGAAAUGGGAUGAAUCUAUUGCAGUCCGGUGAUCUGAGGCUGACUGCAAUCAAGGAGAAUUCGAUUCUUUCCUUCAAUGCCGCCGCGAAAUUUCCGAUCGAUUUUGUUGAGUUCGACGUUCAGGUCACCAGCGACGGAAUCCCGGUUAUCUUUCACGACGACUUCAUUUUGGCAGAUGUCAACGGCGUGGUUUGCGAAAGGAGAGUUACCGACUUAUCUCUGCCGGAGUUCAUGAGUUACGGCGUCCAGAGAGAAGCCGGAAAAGUUGGUAAAUCCCUGAUGAGGAAAACGAAACAGGGCCGAACGAUUAACUGGAACGUCGAGACGGAUGAUUUCCUCUGUACUUUGGAAGAGGUUUUCGAAAAAGUCGACCCCCCGAAUUUGGGAUUCAACAUCGAGUUAAAAUUCGACGAUUACAUUGAGUAUCAACAAGAUCAUCUGAUCAGAACCCUUCAAAACAUAUUGAAAGUUGUGUUUGAUAACGCCGGUGACCGUCCUAUAAUCUUCUCUUCUUUCCAACCCGAUGCUGCUCUGCUUACCAAGAAACUGCAAUCCAAGUACCCUGUUUACUUCCUCACCAAUGGAGGCACAGAAAUUUUCAAGGAUGUGAGGAUGAAUUCGUUAGAGGAGGCACUGAAUCAUUGCCUGGAUGGCGGGUUACAAGGGAUCGUUUCGGAAUCCAAAGCCGUGUUCAGAAAUCCAGGGGUUGUGAACAGGAUUAAGGAAUCAAAGCUGUCUUUGCUAACGUAUGGGGAGUUGAAUAACGUGACAGAAGCUGUUUACAUGCAACAAUUGAUGGGGGUUGAAGGGGUGAUUGUUGAUUUGGUUGAGCAUAUCACUGAUUCUGUUUCCAAAUUGAUGAUGCCGCCAUUGAAGGAAGCAGGGGAGGAUGAAGAACAAAUUGAUCAUCAAUGGCAACAAGAAAGUAUAAGUAGCAGACCGCAGUUCUCUCAGACGGAGUUGUCUUUUCUGCUGAAGCUGAUUCCUGAACUUUUACAUCAAUGAUAAUAACAGUUGUAUUUUUAGUCAUUUGAAUUCCUCUGAUUAAUUAGCCAACUUUACAUAUAUUAUUGUUAUAAUACAAUGAUUCGGUACUCCAGUAAUGUCUUUAACUUGUUAGCAUUUGAUAUCUAAUGAAAACUCUCUCGCU